AAAAUGGGUAGUGUAUGUUGACCACUGAAAGAUGAUUCCAGCACGGUUAGAGCUAGCAGUACUGAGGAGCAAGGUGAUUCAGAAGAAUAUUCCUUCAAGAGCUACUUUGGGAGUUCAAGUAUGACUUAUAGCCAUCCCUUCACUAAUAGAUUAAAUGACUCUGAUAAAUACUCACUUGAGGAGGACUUAAAGUCCUCUUCAUAUACUGAAACUGAUAGAUUAUUAUGGGCAAGGCAACAGUCAGAGAACCCAGGAGAUGUAGAGUUCUUCUCAACUUCUAUAAAUCUCAUAGACUUUAACAUUAUCGCCCUAGUAGGGAAAGGCUCGUUCUCCAAAGUGCAUCUAGUGCAGAAAUAAGGACAAUGGGCAAUAUUACGCUAUGAAGGAGCUUAAAAAGAUUUCUCUAAUUAACGAGCGGAAGAAGAGCAGGGUGCUAACUGAAAAAUAAGAUAUUCCUGCAAUUUAACAACCCCUUCAUUGUGAAGAUGUAUUAUGCAUUUCAAACAGUUGAUAAAAUUUACUUCAUACUUGACUUUGUCAAUGGAGGCGAGCUUUAUAGUCACAUGGUUAAGGAAAGCAGAUUUUCAGAGACUAAAACUAAGUUUUACGCAGCUGAAAUGGUCAUUGCCUUGAAGACUUUACAUGAAGCAGGGGUCAUUUAUAGGGAUUUGAAGCCAAAUAACGUCUUGUUGGAUAGUCAAGGGCAUAUCAAGCUGAUAGAUUUCGGACUAUCGAAAUUUCUAGAGCCUAAUAAAGAACCUACAACUAGUGUUGUGGGUACUCCUAAUUACAUCGCUCCUGAAAUUUUGGUACAGAGCGAACAUACUCAUAUGAUUGAUUGGUGGAGCUUCGGUGUAAUACUUUACGAGAUGAUCUCAGGAGCUCCUCCAUUUUUAGACCGGAAUUGUUUUACUCAUAAGGAUAUCUACAAAAACAUAUUGAACAAGAAGAUCUUCAUGUCACGAAAAUUUUCCAAAGAUGCCAAGGACCUCGUAUCAAAGCUCCUCAGGAGGGAUCCAAAGAGAAGACUUGGAAUCAAAGGUGUUCACGAAAUAAUGAACCAUCCUUUCUUCAAAGAGGUUGAUUGGGUAAAAAUAGCGAUCAAAGGGUACGUACCGCCUUACAUCCCAGACCUUAAUGGAGAGACCGAUCUGGCAAAUAUUUCACAGUCCUAUAUCGAAGAAAACUACAACGAAGAGUCAGGCAAUAUCCGGAUGACUGAUGCUGAGAAAGAGGAAAGAUAUCUUGAAGAAUUGUCUUAUCGGCACUCAAAAGACUCGAUUGAUUAUUAACAG